UGUAUCGUGUCAAACAGCUCCCUAUGGGAUUUCUAAAAAGCCACAAUGAUAACAAUAUUGCACUAAACCGUUUUAAAAGGCGGUCACAAGGGACAAAAUAGAAGCAAGCGAGGCUUUUUAUUACAGCAUACAUCAUAUUCUCAAAGUAGUUGGUAUAUUGCCUCCCUUUGCAUGUACUUAUCUCCCUUGGUCCCAUUCCAUUUCCUUCUUUCGUUCAAUAACAUAUGUGCAUGCUCAUAAGAUUUACAGCAAAAUCAAGUCAAUCACUCCAGAGACUCGCACAGACAACUCGACAUUUCAACACCCCUCAACUGAAUAAAAUGGCGACCCUGGGAGCAUGGAGCACGAAGCACAAGAUUACGGUAGUUGGAUCUGGAAACUGGUAAGUUGGCCCAUGAAAUAUAAAACAUCGGGUCUCUUUCUGACACCUACUAGGGGUUGUACCAUUGCGAAAAUCAUAGCAGAGAAUACAAAAGAACAUUCCGGUUUGUUUGAAGAGGAGGUUCAGAUGUGGGUGUUUGAGGAGGAAGUUGCGAUACCCAAGGAGUCAAAACACUACGAUGCCUCAAACGACAGUCCUCAGAAGCUCACCUCUAUCAUUAAUAAUUACCACGAGAAUGUGAAGUAUCUGCCAAAUAUUACUCUUCCAAGCAAUCUCAUCGCCAACCCUUCCCUUGAAGAUGCAGUUGCGAACUCCUCGAUUUUAAUCUUCAAUCUUCCUCAUCAAUUUAUUGGACGCAUUUCCAAACAACUUCAAGGACACAUUCUCCCAUUCGCGCGUGGAAUUUCUUGUAUAAAGGGUGUGAAUGUGACGGCCUCGGAGAUCAGUCUGUUUAGUGAAUGGAUUGGUGAAGGGUUGGGAAUUUAUUGCGGAGCACUUUCCGGUGCCAACAUUGCCAAUGAGAUUGCAAUGGAGAAAUGGUGUGAGACUACAAUUGCAUACGAUCCUCCUCCAAUGGACUCGCGUGCUGCCACUCCAACUGGACCAUCCCCGUCGAGCUCUCAAGUCAAUCUCACCAUCACGCCGGCAGAGGAAGAACAUAAAGAUGUCAAGGGAAGGGUUAGCAAGACAAAGUUAAAGGCUGUACCAUCGGAAUAUCCACCAUUGGAUCAUGCCUUGUUCAAAACAUUGUUCCAUCGUCCCUACUUCCAUGUCCGGAUGGUUUCCGAUGUAGCAGGAGUCUCCCUUGGUGGAGCACUUAAAAACAUCGUUGCAUUAGCUGCCGGAUUUGUUGAAGGGCGUGGUUGGGGAGAUAAUGCAAAGGCCGCUGUUAUGCGAGUAGGCCUUCUUGAGAUGGUUAAAUUUGGUAAGGAAUUCUUUGGAGAGACUGUUCACGCUGGUACCUUCACCGAGGAGAGUGCUGGCGUUGCCGAUUUAAUCACAAGUUGUAGUGGUGGACGAAACUUCAGAUGUGCGAAGCUUGCAGUUGAGAGAGGAGUUCCAGUUGAUGAAGUUGAGAGGACAGAAUUGAAUGGACAGAAGUUGCAAGGGACUAGUACCGCAAAAGAGGUGAAUGAGUUCCUAAAGUCUAGAGGAAAGGAAGGCGAAUACCCAUUAUUUACUGCUGUUAUUGGUGAGUUACUAGCUCUAUACAUUACAAGAAAUGAGCAUGCUAACAUUAUUAGAUAUUUUGGAGGGCAGAAACACUGUCGAUGAUAUCCCGGACUUGUUAGCCAAGACGGAGGAGUAAGAAUUACAAGAGCAAUACAUGGAAAGGGCUUACUGUGAAAGCUAGAUAGAAGACGCAAGUCUUGAUUAGAAGGUAAAAGAAUAUUACGGCUUACAUCAUCUCUCAUAUUCCCGUCCUCCUCGGAGAUCAACCUCUAGGGUCCGUAAGACUUCUCCCGACC